AUGAAGGUUGAGUUCGGGCUCGCGCGCGCGCAAGCGCUUGUCGUCCUUAUCGCCAGUGUGGGAGCAGCACGUCAUGGACAUAGCAACCACCGUCACGAGCAUGCCCUUACCGCACGUAUCUCGAUGGAGAAUCAGACCCUGGAGGCUCGAGGUGGCAAGUGUCAAUUCCCUACCGACGCAGGCCUCGUCGCGGUCACUCCCAACGAGAAGAAUGCAGGCUGGGCCAUGAGCCCUGAUCAGCCGUGCAAGCCAGGCAACUACUGUCCCUAUGCGUGUCCACCCGGUCAAGUUUCCAUGCAGUGGGAUCCCGAGGCGACUUCCUACAGUUACCCCAUGUCGAUGAAUGGAGGUCUGUACUGUGAUGAAGACGGCCAUAUCUCGAAGCCUUUCCCAGACAAGCCGUACUGCGCCGACGGUACCGGUUCCGUUCAGGCCCUCAACAAGGCUGGAAAGCCUGUCGCUUUCUGUCAGACGGUCUUGCCCGGUAAUGAGGCCAUGCUCAUUCCGACUCUGGUGGAGGAGUUGUCGACGCUCGCCGUCCCCGGAUCGACGUAUUGGUGUGAGACCGCUGCGCAGUACUACGUCAACGCCCCCGGCGUUGGCGUGGAUGAGGCGUGUGUGUGGGGCUCGAGCUCCAACCCUGUGGGUAACUGGUCUCCGUAUACGGCCGGCGCGAACACGGCUUCCAAUGGCGACACCUACCUGAAGAUCGGUUGGAACCCUAUCUACUUGGAGCCCGCGACUCCCUUCCGCAAUGUCAAGCCUGAUUUCGGUCUUGAGAUUCUGUGCGACGGGGAUGGAUGCAAUGGUCUUCCCUGCCGCAUUGACCCCUCCUCCAUGGGAGUGAACAAGAUGCACGCUGCUGGUGUCUUCACGGGUGCCGGUGGUGCCACGGGCUGUGUGGUCACCGUUCCUUCUGGUGCCAAGGCGCAAAUCGCGGUGUUCGAUGCCAGUAGCAGCGGACUUCACCUCGGCAAGUCGCUGAAGAUGGACGAUUCGAGCAAGGACAGCUCGAGCAGCUCGAGCAGCUCAACUAGCACCAGUAUCUCCAGCACUAGCACCAGCGCCAGCACCAGUACCAGCUCCUCUCACUCCACUAGCACUGCUGAGCCAACCACUUCUUCCUCGACUUCAGAGAGCUCGUCAACCAAGACCUCUUCCAGUUCAACUCGCUCCGCGACCAUGACGGUCACCUCCACUGCCGAGUCUACCUCGAUUAGCGCAUCGACUUUCAACUCGGAAUUUUACAGUACCCAGUCCCUCAAGGCGAGCUCAACCAUGGGAUACACGUACCGCCCUCAUGUCUUCACCGGUUCCGCCGACAUUGAAUUCGCAACUGCAACCACCAGCUCCGCUCCGGCCGCGAGCACUUCCUCCAGUCACAACAGUGCCACUUCAGCCACCGUCUCGCUCGCGAGCAUCCUGCUGGCUUCCAUUGCCACCCUAGCCUUGACCUUUUGA